AUGAUGUCUGUUGCCCAUGUCACCCGGUCUGCAGUAGCCCGCUAUGGCAGCCCAGAGGACGCACGUUUGGGCCCGGGAUUUGAAGAUUGGAAGGACGUGAGCCUGGGCUUGGACUGGCUGACCCGCUAUGGCUACCUGCCGCCGCCCGACCCAGCCCAGGCCCAGCUGCGGAGCUCCGAAAAGCUCCGGGAUGCCAUCAAGGUGAUGCAGAGGUUUGCUGGGCUGCCUGAGACCGGCCUCCUGGACCCGAUGACGAUGGCCACCAUGCACAAGCCCCGCUGCUCUCUGCCCGACGUGCUGGGGGUGGCAGAGCUGGUUAGGCGGCGGCGCCGGCGCUAUGCCCUGAGCGGCACUAUUUGGAAGAAGCGGACCCUGACGUGGAGGGUACUCUCCUUCCCCCGGAGCUCUGCACUGAGCCAGGAGACUGUGCGGACGCUCAUGCACCAUGCCUUGGCGGCCUGGGGUAUUGAGUCAGGCCUCAAAUUCCGGGAGGUGCGUUCUCAGGGCCCACCGGAGGCUGACAUCCUCAUCGACUUUGUCCGGGCCUACCACCAGGACAGUUACCCUUUCGACGGGCAGGGGGGGACCCUCGCCCAUGCCUUCUUCCCCGGGGAACAUUCCAUCUCGGGGGACACUCACUUCGACGAUGAGGAAAUCUGGACUUUUGGGUCAAAAGAUGGUGAGGGGACAGACCUGUUUGCGGUGGCAGUUCAUGAGUUUGGCCACGCACUGGGCCUGGGCCACUCCUCUGCGCCCGACUCCAUCAUGAGGCCCUUCUACCAGGGUCCUGUCGGGGAGCCCACCAAGUACCGCCUGUCCCAGGAUGACCGUGAAGGCCUGCAGCAGCUCUACGGGAAAGGACCCAAAACCCCAUAUGAUGAGCCCACAAUGAAACCCCUGGCUCCUCCUCCCCCGCCCCCUGCCCAGCCCCCAGGCAGCCCCUCCCUUCCUGUCCCUGAUCGAUGUGAUGGCAAUUUUGAUGCUAUCGCCAACAUCCGUGGGGAAACCUUCUUCUUUAAAGGCCCCUGGUUCUGGCGCCUCCAGCCCUCAGGACAGCUGGUGUCCCCCCGGCCGGCCAGGCUCCACCGCUUCUGGGAGGGGCUGCCCCCCCAGGUGAAUGUCAUCCAGGCUGCCUACACCCGGCACCGAGACGGCCGAAUCCUACUCUUCAGUGGCCCGCAGUUCUGGGUGUUCCGGGACCGGCAGCUAGAGGGCGGCGCGCGGCCGCUGGCCGAGCUGGGGCUGCCCGCAGGGGAGGAGGUGGACGCCGCGUUCUCUUGGCCGCUGAACGGGAAGACCUACCUGGUCCGGGCCACACGCUACCCCAGGCCCCCGAAAGCGACUCUCAAGCCCGACCCCUGCAAUUGUCAUUGCGAGAUCAACCAGGCCGCCGGGCGGUUGUCCUCGUCUUCGUCGUCGGUGACCCUCCUGCUGCUCCUUCUGGCCCUGCUGGUGGGGGACAUCACCUCCCGCUGAGGGGGUCCGGCCGCUCCACGGCGGGGCCGGUUCUCCCACCACCACCGGCUUGUACAGUAGGGGGUGGUCAUGGCCUGUCGGGGCACCAUCCUCUGCCCCCUGGGCGGGCUCAACAAGGUGGG